AUUUUGUUCUGUAUAACAGCUUUCCAAAACUUCCUUUUAUUGCAGCUUCCGAUCAAAACCAGCCAGCAGAAUACUCACACCAAAGUCAGCACGGAACAUAACAAGGAAUGUCUCAUCAACAUUUCCAAGUAUAAGUUCUCUCUGGUUAUUAGCGGCCUCACAAAUAUCUUAAAAAAUGUUAACAACAUGAGAAUAUUUAGUGAAGCUGCUGAAAAGAACUUGUAUCUUUCUCAGUUGAUUAUUUUGGAUACACUGGAAAAGUGUCUUGCUGGGCAACCCAAAGACACCAUGCGGCUGGAUGAGACAAUGUUGGUCAAGCAGCUGUUGCCAGAGAUCUGCCAUUUCAUCCACACCUACCGUGAAGGGAAUCAACAUGCUACAGAGCUACGCAAUUCUGCCUCUGGGGUUCUCUUUUCUCUCAGCUGCAACAAUUUUAAUGCGGUGUUCAGCCGUAUCUCUACCAGGUGA